AUGCCGCCAGGUGCUGGAGCAGGUCCCGGCGUCCCUCUUGACAAGAGGACAACAGCCUACGAAAACAUCUUUGGUCGUCCAACAGCAAAGCCAAAAGGUCCACAACCACAGCUCUUCACUCAGCCGCCUAAUCCUGGCACCUUUCGCGGCGCACCCAACUCGUAUGCCGUCAAUCAGCGAUGGAACGCUGUUCGUCCUCAGGCGCCCUAUCCCCAAGCACCUUACCCACCCAACGUCUACAUGGACCCAUCCAUGCUGACGUCCGCCAAUGCACCUACCCAAGCGGCAGCCUCACCCUAUUAUCCUUCUGCCGCUGCACCCUAUCCCUCAGCAUCCGAUCUCAGCCUACCCUACGACCCGCAUGCAGAUCCAAGGAUCAGCACCGUCCCAUCCAUCGCCAGCUCUGAUCCUAGAACGUCCAUCUCUGGCUACUCGCAAUACAACGGCCUCACAGGCAGCGCUGUUGAUGCAUAUCGCGGCCCACCUACAUCAACAACGCCCGCCAGUGCGUACGCCAGCCAUUACCUCAGUCAACAGACCAACGCUGCUGGUACCGCCAACGGCAGUAACAGCAACAGUAACAGCAACAACGCAGCAUUCUCACAACAAGCGCACGCACAGUCAGGCUAUCCUAACCCCAACGCUGCUUCACCACGCGCCUCGGUCGUCUCGGACUCGUCCCUCCACCCGCGAAGCGAUGGUUUCGGUGCCGAUCUUGCCUACAGUCUCGAUCAGGUAACCCUCGACAACAGUGAUAGGCCACCUAGGUUGCCAAGUAUCGAAGGCAGCAAGCCAGAAGAGCAGAGCAACUUCUGGUUCGGCGAACCUGAUAAUCGUCGCACUCCCACCAGUCCCAUGUCGGUCGCAAGUAGCAAACUCGGCAGCUUUGGCUCGCAAGGACAGGCCGCUCAGCCCGCCAUCACAUCGUCCAAUGCCGCCUCACCUCGAAUUGAUGCCAAUGGAAACUUCAAUGGCAAUGGCAAUGGCAAUGGCAAUGGCAACGGCAAUGGCAACGGCAACGGCAACGGCAACGGCAACGGCAACGGCAACGGCAACGGAUACGGCAACGGAUACGGAUACGGUACAACAUCGGUAGAUGCCGCCAACACAGGUCACGACCAAGUGCAGCAAACCGCGUCACAAGAUCAACAAGUCUACUCGAACGCUUUCUUUGAGGGCCUGCUGAGCACUCGCUCGCCUGCUUCCUCUAUCUAUGGCGGCGAUGGACGUAGAAGAGGCUCUAUCGAGUCGGAUCGCCAGUCCAUAGCCAACUCCAUCUACACUCUUCCUGGCGCGCAGAACACAUCGCGAGCCUUUUACGGCUCAACAACCACAUUGCCUCCUAACGCUAGUGGCUCCUUUGCUGGAGGUGCUGCUCUGGGCACCAUGACAUCCUACAAUAUGUCGAUGCCUUCCACAUCCGGUAUUGCUCCAGCCGGUCCAUGGGAUCGUCCACCACGCGCUCGCACUGCUUCUUCGGCGACACAAGCCGCACAGGCCGCCUAUGCACCCAGCUUUGCCAACCAGCAAGCCGGUCACACGCCGCGAUGGGACGAGCCUAGCGAAGCAACCACCAUCGGGAGAGGCGACUAUCGCUCGCUCUCCUUCGGACAAAGCGCUUCGCGACCCUCCUUCUCUGGACCAGCAUCUCCUCCAGGCAGCAUUACAGGCGGACGUCCGCAAUCCAUACCUUCCAGUCGACGCGGUCCGCUCGUCUAUCCCGCCUUGCUUUCUAAGGUAGCAGAAGCCUUCAGAGCCCGUGUCGCUCUCUCCGAGCGCACAAAGGACGGUCUUACCUACAGUGAUGCUUUCAAUGGCCGCGAAGCUGUGGACAAGAUUGCCUAUAUCAUCAAGACCACGGAUCGCAACCUGGCGUUGCUCCUUGGCCGUGCCCUCGAUGCGCAAAAGUUUUUCCACGAUGUCACCUACGACCACCGUUUGCGUGACUCGCCUUCCGAGAUCUAUCAGUUCAAAGUGCGCCUGCCGACAUCUGGCUUUGGCGUCGAAGGCGCCUUUGACGAUGAUCGUAGCAAUUCCGCUCUUCCCGCUCCCAGCCGAGGCAAUUCAGCGACGAGUCUCGCUCCGAACUCGUCCGUCUCUUCAAUGACUUCCAGCAGGCAGCCUGCUUCUACAACUCGCUCGCCAGCGGCAACAACACCGGCAACUUCGAUCUACAACGGCAUCCAGUCCGCCGGCUCUACCAUUGCAGACGACGACGAUGAUGACGCUUUGCCAACGGGUGUCUUCACACUGCUCACAGACUGCUACUCGCCCACCUGUUCGCGCGAUCGUCUCUGCUACAGUAUCGCCUGUCCCAGGCGUCUGGAGCAGCAAGCUCGCCUCAAUAUGAAGCCACAGCCUGUUCUCCAACGCAGCGUCAGCAGGGAGUCGCUCAACGACACCACCGAGACAGGCGCCCUUUGGGCCGAGUCGGUAUCCAAAGAAGUGUUUGACAGCCUCGACGACACCGAGCGCAAGCGACAGGAAGCCAUCAAUGAGGUUAUCUACACUGAACGCGACUUUGUAGCCGACAUGGAGUACUUGCGGGAUCGGUGGGUCAAGCCGCUGCGCACUUCUGACAUCAUCCCUGAAGAUCACCGCGAGGACUUUGUCACCCAGGUUUUCUGGAACGUUCUCGAGAUCCACGCUGUCAACGCCAGGCUGGCCGAAAUGCUCACCAAACGACAGAAGCAGGCAGAUAUAGUCGACAGAAUCGGUGACAUCUUGCUCGAGAUGGUACCUCACUUCCAGCCCUUCGUCAAGUACGGUGCUCAUCAACUGUACGGAAAGUACGAGUUCGAGAAGGAAAAGUCGUCCAAUCCAGCCUUUACCAAGUUCGUCGAUGAGACAGAGCGUCUUCCGCAAUCACGCAAGCUUGAGCUCAACGGCUAUUUGACCAAACCCACGACGCGACUUGCACGAUACCCCUUGCUGCUUGAGCAGGUGAACAAGUAUACCCCGGAAGAUCACCCAGACAAGCAGACGGUCGCCAAGGUGAUCAAGAUUGUCAAAGAAUUCCUCACCAAAGUCAAUGUAGAGACGGGUAAGAGCGAGAAUCGUUUCACUCUCGCUCAGCUCGAUCAGCAGCUGGUGUUCAAGCAAGGCGAAGCUGUCGAUCUGCGUCUGCGAGACGAACAGAGAGAGCUCGUCUUCAAAGGCCCGCUCAAGAAGCGCGGUGGAACCCAAAGCGAGAGCGCGGAGCUUCAGGUGUUCCUCUUCGAUCAUGCGUUGCUGAUGGUGAAGCCGAAGAUGGUCAACAAGCACGAGCUCUACAAGGUCUACCGCAAGCCGAUCCCGCUCGAGCUGCUCAUCGUCACGGUCUACGACGAAGUUCCAACAGGCAAGGGAAGCUCCACACGGCCCAAGUCGGUCAUGUCGCGCACUUCGACAGGAACGCGCUACAGCGGCACGCCGGGAACAGCACCCAAGCAGGACGCCAAGACUGGCUACGCACUCACCUUUGCCUACCUCGGCAAGAAGGGUUACUCGAUGACGCUAUGGGCAAGCACGUUCGUCAGCCGCAAAAAGUGGUUCGAGAACAUUGAGUCGCGACAGGAGAUCCUUCGACAGCGCAGCAACAUCUUUGAUACCAUCACGCUUUCCGAGAACUUCUUCUUGGGACCCAAUCGUGUCAACUGCUCGGUGCCGUUCGACUUUGGUCGCCGCAUCAUCUAUGGCACUGACGACGGUGUCUAUCUGUCAGAUCUGCGCGAAAAGGCAAGACCGCCGACGAAAGUUCUGCCAUUGCCGGGUGUCACGCAGGUGGAUGUGUUGGAAGAGUACCAGAUCCUCAUCGUGCUCGCAGAGAAAUCGGUGCACACUUUCACGCUCGAUGCUUUGGACCCUUCUGAUCCGAUGGGCUCGUUGAAGCGCGGUCGCCGCAUCUCUUCGCAUACAUCCUUCUUCCGUGCCGGUAUCUGUCUAGGACGCACAUUGGUCUGCGUGGUCAAGUCGAGUUCGCUCUCUUCGACGAUCAAGACAUUGGAACCGAUCGAGCAGAACGUUCGAGGCAAAAAGCAGCCAACGUUCAAGAAGCUCUUGCAAGGUGGACAGGACUCUCUGCGUGUCUUCAAGGAGUUCUACAUCCCCACCGAGUCGAGCUCGAUCCACUUCCUCAAGACCAAGCUCUGCGUUGGUUGCACCAAAGGUUUCGAAAUUGUUGAUCUCGAGACGCUCGACACACAGGGCCUGCUCGAUCCCGCCGAUACAUCACUCGACUUUGUCCAUCGACGGGAGAACGUCAAGCCCAUCGCGAUCUACCGCAUUUCAGGCGAAUUCCUGUUGUGCUAUGACGAGUUUGCGUUCUAUGUCAACAAGAACGGUUGGCGUGCUAAGGGCAACUGGAUCAUUCACUGGGAAGGGAACCCGACUUCUUUCGCCUACCAUCAUCCAUACGUCCUCGCCUUCGAGCCGAGCUUCGUCGAGGUGCGACAUGUGGAGACAGGUGCACUGCAUCAGGUCAUUACCGGUGUUAACCUGCGAUGCUUGUUUGCCGAUGUACCACCACCGACGCCGAGCGUGCACCAGCAGAACGCGCAAGCAGUGGCAGCGAUGCGAGCUAACUCGUUCAAUGCAGCAGCAGCGAUCAUGGGUCCAUAUGGAGCAAGGCCAAUGGUACCUCCACCUCUGCAAAACGGAAUGGGACCACCAAUGGCGCCUUUCCCAGGAGCAAGGCCUGCGUUCGGUCCAAAUGGGGCUAUGGUGCCACCUCCUGGCACGCCAGGCUUUGGGGUUGGGAUGCGACCAGGUGGUCCACCGAUGGCAAGGCCUGCUCCAGGUGCUUUCCCUGGUGUGCCAGGUGUACCAGGUGCGCCGCCGAUGGUUCACCCCGCCGCAGCAGCAGGGAGGCCAUUCCCACCUCCUGCAGCGGUCGCAGCAGCAAGGCCGCAGAUGCCAUACGCUUUCGGACAGGCUUCUACGCCCAGACCUCCUGCAGCGGUGCAACGCAACCCAGUAUGGGAGUCUGUAGCUGCCAGCAGGAACCAGAUUGUGUUCAUCGGCGAUACUACGGUGUUCUGCGUCCGAUUGCACACGGAUAAAGAAUCGAGCAGUGGAUCUGUCUCACCUUCUAGUUCGAGUAUCAAGGGUUGA